AUGGUCUGCCCCGUGCAGGAGGGAGGAGACCCCCGAUUCCCUCUCAGCUUUGAGCCAAGUUUCCACCGAAUGCAAGGGUCUCAGAUGAUAGCAGCAUACGUCAAUAUCUUGCUGUGUGGAUUCGGUAUACUGCUGACUGCCCGCUACUUUCAACGAUAUUCCAAGAAUGAUGGAUGGAUCCUCAAGACCGUCGUGGGGGCAAUCAUCACGUUAGGCAUCGUGGAAACCAUCUUCACCAGUGUUCAGUCGUAUGACACUCUAGUCUCGAAGUGGGGGAAAUGCGAUAUGUUGGAUGAGAUAAUUCCAUCAGUUCCCGGAAAAUACCUUUGCGUCUAUCUCACUGCAUGUAUCGCCCAAUUAUUCUUGGCCAGUCGAAUUUGGCUCGUCGGGAAAUCCUGCGGAAGUUCAUGGCGGUUCAUGGUCAUCCCUGUGGUCGCCUUUUCCAUCUUCCAACUCGGAGGAGGUCUGGUCGUCGUAGCGCUCAUGAUCAAGACUUUGUCAUUCAAGCAACUUUCUUUGAACGUUCUCGUCCUUAGGGUGGGAACGGCGAUACAAGGCGGGGGUUCUGCCGUUGCAGACGUCUUGAUCACCAUUGGCCUGGUAGCAAUCUUCAGAACCCAUGCAGGCAUGUCAAGGAUUAACAGGAGCAAAUCGUUACUAUCGCGUUUGGCGCGCCUUUUCAUCCACAGAGCUUUUGCUACAAGCAUAUUGGCAGUGCUGAGUAUAUUCCUGGUGAGUUUCUCUCAUAUCACUGGGUAUGGAAAGCGUGGACUGAGGGCCGCCAAGUACUUCCAUGCUUCAGGAACCUACUACUUUAUGAUCCCCCUCCUGGCCAACACUCAUGUUUAUAUCAUAUCAGUAGUCGCCAUGUACGUCCAAAACCCACCAACAGAACCGAAGCUCAUGUUACACGUCGCCAGCCUUACUUCACGAGACGGAAUACGCCGUGAAAUGAACCGUUCAGUACACAUUUCCGAUUUGGUUCUGGAAGUUCCUGUGGACUCCGAAUCUGAAUCGCACCAAUCGUCAAGGUCAACCCGUGAGCACUCUGGGGGUGAUGCUGACAUGGAAGGAACGAAACCCAGAUUGGAGCGUAUCGAAAGUCCUUAG